AGCCAGCCAUCGGCUCCUGCGUUGCAUGGGCCGCUCGCCUCGACGACGGGCUAUGGCGGCGGCGCCGCCUCGCGAUCCGGGGAAAAACCCUAGGGGGCUCCUCCCCGGCGACCGCAUCUUCGCCUCGCUGGCCAGCUACAUCACCUUCGCCGACCACCUCAGCCUCCGCCUCGUCUGCCGCUCGUGGCGCUUCUUCUCCCGCCGCCUCGGCCGCCGCCCGCCGCCCUUCCCGUGGCUCAUGCUCCCGGAGCCGGCCUCCGCCUCGCAGUCCGCGCCCGCGCCGGCCUGCGUGCGCCGCCAGUUCUACGACAUCCCCGGGGGCCGGCCCUACGCGUACGACGUCCCGGGGGAGGGCUACCACCGCUGCAUCGCGUCCUCCGCCUGCGGCUGGCUCGUGUUCGUCUCCGUGGACUUGCCGCGCCGCCUCGUCCUCGUCAACCCCGUCGCCGGCGCGCGCCUGGUCCUGUCGUGGCCGUUCAAGGAGAAGAACGCCGAAGGCCGAUUCCACGCCGCGCUCACGUCGUCGCCGGCUGACCGACGGGCGUGCUUCCUCGUCCUCGCCACGGACAGGCUCGUCGCCUACUGCCGCCCCGGCCAGCAGGACCUGGGGUGGCUCACCCUGCGCGCCCCGGGGUUCCGCUACGACCCGGCCGCCAGCGACAUCCUCACCGUCGGCGCCAUGGUGUACCUCGUCGACGGCAGGAGGAAGGUCUGGCGCGCGGACCUCGCGGACCCGGAGCCCAAGGUGGAGCGUCGGAACACGGCGUGCCCGCUCCCGUUCGGGGAGAGCACCAUGCGCCACUACCUCGUGGAGUCGCUCCGGCACGUCCACCUCGUGCUCGCGGACGAGCACAACGCGCGCGUCGCGCUCUUGAGGCUGGACUGGGACAAGAAGACGUGGUUGCAGGACCGCGUGCGCGGGGACCGUGUCCUGCUGCUGGGCCGCGGGUGCUCGGCCUCUGUGCCGGCGGCGUCGGGCCGGCCGCCUGGCAUGCUGUUGUUCGCGCACCAGCCGUCGUUGAGCCCCGUUGACGUGGGCAGUGGUGGCGCUGGGCUCGCGUGGUUCUGGGCGGAAUCAUGGGUGGAUGACGGCUCGGAUGAUAUGCUGGUACUGAAGAAGAAGAUGCACCACAGGCAAGGCGAGUUCACAGCCGGUGACUCGUUCUGGUUCUUCCCGGCCAUCGAUCCGGAUGAAAGGGCUACGGUUGCAUCGCAGGCCUAGCUAGUUGGAACAUGAAAUUCUUGCUUCUGGUAGGCUGGUUUCAACCUCAAUUAUACUGGACUAAGAGAUAGUAGUGUAGAACCAUGGGUUCUGUGAAAGAUGUAUCUUAUUUCUGUUGUUUUUGUCUGAAGAAAGAUAGCAGUAGUCCUAAAAGUUGCAAAUAUCUGAAAGCUCUGGUUCUGCAUCCUGUUCCUAUAUGAUUCAAAGAGUUGCGAUGCAACCAGCAAUAUAUGAACGUAAGCAAUCAGUUAUCGACAAAUGUUGAUUGCGCCGUAUUGGGGUGC